AUGAGACUACCAACUCAUGCGAUAGAUCCAGACGGUGAAGUGAUCAUAGUAUUGCGUAAUGCAAACUCUCCUUUUGCACAAGCGCCUGGAAUUACGACACCUGGUAUGACCCUCUCGGAAUCCAGUCAUUGUUUCAAGAGUCCUGCUGAAGUGAUCAAAAUCUCAGUAACCUAUCCAGGGAAGCCGACAAAUAAUGAUCCUGCUACCGAAGCACAAGCCUGUGAACUCUCCAUUCAAGUCUCUGCGAAGCAUUUAAUAUUUGCAUCCUCGGUGUUCAAAAGCAUCCUCACCGGGGCUUGGAAGGAAAGCAUUACUUAUAUGGAAAAAGGCUCAGUUGAAAUUACUGCAGAGAGCUGGGACUUCGAAGCAUUACUGAUAGUACUCAAUGCUAUUCAUGGUAAAUACCACCAGAUACCGCAAAAUCUGACCCUUGAGAUGCUCGCCAAAGUCGCUGUCAUUGUGGAUUACUAUGAUUGCAAGGAAACUGUGUAUAUCAUGAAGGACAUAUGGAUCGGUAAUCUGAAGGAAAAGAUCCCUACAACAUAUUCUCGGGAUUUGAUUUUGUGGUUAUGGGUUUCUUGGUUUUUCCAACUCCCCUCCCAGUUCAAAGAGACGACAUCCACUGUUAUGUCAUGCAGUGGAAAUUUGAUUGAUAGUUGGGGGCUUCCGAUCUCUGAUAAGGUCAUCGGAUUAAUGAACAAACUGAGACAGGAGGCUAUCGAUCCCUGGAUUGUCCGACUUUAUGAAACUCACGAUGCCCUCCUGAAUGGCCGUCAGGGCUGUUGCUUUGAGUGCACGUCAAUUAUGUAUGGAGCUCUUGCUACACAGAUGCGCUCAGGUAUGUUUCUUUGGAGGCCUGUGGCUCCUUUUCCCUACCUCAAUCACAGAAAUCUCAUACGGACGAUAUUGGCGUUUAAAUCACCAGGCUGGGGUUCCUCGGAGAGACGUUAUGGGGCCAGCUACAACAUCCACAAAUGUGCCAACUCAUCCUUCGAGUCCCUAUCCGCGAACUUGAAAACCUCCAUUGAAGGGUUGGACUUGAAUAGCCUUGAUUCCUUAUAA